UCAGCUGUCUGUCCACUGUGACUCGGGACGGUCCCGCUAAUACACGUUUGAGGACACACCAUGUCCUUCAUUCUUUUGAAAAAGAAGAGAUUCAAAUUUAAAGUUGAAUUCGUGUUGGAGGAAUUAUCAUCAGUUCCCUUCGUCAACGGAGUUAUAUUCUGUAAAGUCAGACUCAUAGAUGGAGGCUUUGCAGUUGAGUCUUCUCGCGAACCGGUCCAAGCGAACUGUGUGCACUGGAAGAAGAGAUUUUCCUUCAUGUGCAAGAUGAGUGCCAAUGCUGGGACAGGUGUACUAGACCCUUGUGUGUGCCGGGUGUCUGUGCGCAAGGAAUUGAAAGGCGGAAAAACGUUUGCAAAGCUGGGUUUUGCUGACUUAAACCUGUCUGAGUUUGCUGGGUCUGGCAGCACUACAAGAAGGUGCCUCCUAGAGGGAUAUGACACCAAGAACACCAGACAGGACAACUCAAUUCUCAAGGUUGUCAUCACCACACAACUUAUGUCUGGAGACCCCUGCUUUAAAACUCCCCCAUCAACAGCCAUGACUCUGGGAAUCCCACAGGCUGAAUCAGAGUGCCUGCUCGAGGAGAGGAAGGGAGGGGACAAAGACAUAUCCCAUUCAAUCACCGGAACUCCUGUACAUUCGGUAUCAGUCCCAGAGAAUCUGGUAGCAUAUGGUCACUCAAGAACGCCCAGCUAUGCGAGUCAGCAGUCAAAAAUCUCAGGUUAUAGCUCAAAUCACUCCAGUUUAACAGAUCUGAGCCAUCGGAGGAGUGCAUCAGGAGGUUCUGCUUCCACAGGCAUCGGUAGCAUCAUGGAACCCAAUGAGCAGCAGGCAGAGAGAGGAGAGAAGGAGAGCAGGUCCACUCCCCCGAUCUCUGCAAACUUCCAUCAUGCACCUGAACACCCCUCGACCCCCGCCAAGGUUCCAAGACAUCCAGUUAAACAGAACUCAAUGGAGAAUCAGUUGAAAAGAGUGGAUGCCACCAGGGUGGAUGCUGAUGACAUCAUUGAGAAAAUCCUGCAGAGCCAGGAUUUCACCAGUGGCUUCUUGGACUCCAGUGCAGAGGAGGAGGGUCUCAAGUUGUUUGUUGGUCCUGGUGGGAGUACAGCCUUGGGAAGCCAGCACACAAGGGUUGCAGCUGGAGCCUUUGAGCAGGUGGUGAUCAAGCGCUAGGCUUUGGGAAGCAUGUGCCUGUCAUAAAGGGUGCCGUAUUACACUGAUGCAGGGGACACAAGACAGAGCGGCAGAGUGUAGGAGGCAUCAGAAACUGCUCCCUCCUCACUACAGGAGAAUUCAUUUCUCUUAUGCAAUCCUGCUGCGUUACCUACAGCAUCUGUAGGCCAGGAGAGCCCUCUAGUGUUCAAGAAGUGGAGUUGAAGGCCACAUUGUCUGAACAUUUUGGUGGCUGACACAAUAGUUGUGUUGACAUUUCUGUUGGUGUUCUUCUGCUCUAAGAGAACUGUAAGACAAGUGGUUAGAACGGUAAAUCUACCAUAUUGUAUUCACCCCUCCCUGGUGAAUUUGUGUGUAUAUGUUUCUUAUGUUUUUUGUUAUUUAAAAAAAUAUGUAAAAGUCUUCAGCAUGUUUUUUUUCUGGUCAAGUUACAUUUUGUUUAACCAUUAUAUUGAUACCAGCAGUGUAAGUGGGUGGUGAUGAAGAAUGUGAAAGUGUUUCUCUUAAACUGACUGAGUAGGCCUAUAGAAAAGAUAAUGUCACGAACUAUCAAGGUGUUGUCCUCUUCAAAACUGCUAAUUAAUAUGGAUGUCACUUAAGACUCUGUGCAAGAUGUUAUGUGAUGGGAAAAUCACAGACCACCACAAGUCCUAUUUUCUUAAUGGAAUAAGUGGUUGGAGGGGGGACUGUGUCUGUUCCUUGCAGCCUCGUUUAUUUAUGUAGAAGAAUAGAAACUUGUGACUGUGGAACUACAGAUUACAACAUCUUAGCUAAUAUCACAAGCCCGUCUUCACUGAAUCACCUCCUCACCUGGUUGUGAGGGAGGUUCACUGUAUUGAAAAUAUAACAUGAUCACCAUUAAGUUUUUAUAUUUGGUCCUUUUGGUAUUAUAUCUAGUGUGUGUAUGUCAGUUAUCUAAAAAGUGAGAGCAAUGAAUUUAUUUUUACCAACAUUUUGUAAAUGUGCAAAACUCAGUAAAAUGUAUAUUUGAUGCCACUUAUGAAGUCAUAUCCAUAGAAUGUAUACUAAGGUUAAUGUGUUGAAAAAAGAUAUUUUAUACCCACUUGGAAGCUAUUAUUUAGUGCGAGUCAGCAGUAUAAAGGCUAUGGUGUUUUUACGAUUAAUGUGUUGUCUUUAAGAUGUUGAAUGUUAAUAAUUUAAGGCCAAAUCUGUCAAUUAAAAAAAAAAAAAAGUGCACUCUGUAUAACUCGUUACAACGUUUAGUGGUGCAUUUCACCAGACCUUUU